GGCUGAGGGAACUCGGAGAGCAAGGGCCUAUCGACUUUAAUUGGGCGAUGGCUCGUUUAGCGCUAAGAGACUUCCACCAACAUGACAUGGCCCGCCCACCGCCAGAAGCGACUACGUUUCUUCGAGUAAACGAGCAACGAUCGUCACCAUCAUCUUAGGAGCAAAGACACUUCUGUGAUGGUAAUGAAUAAGUACGGGAGUUUAAACAGUAAGUAACUUUAGUUGAUCAAGGCGGUGGGCCUAGAAUGGUGGAUGACGUUCCUCAAAGUCAGAAGGAAAAUUUAUCAUCACUUCCCUUCGCCUUUCUUUGAUUUUCGCAUUUUUGGAACGAAUUGAGAUCGUGAACUUGAACUAAUGUUGUACCCUCGAACUACGCACUCACAGUUUUCUUCUUUUGUGUCAUAUAUAUAAUUAAUACCCAUGAUGGUAACAGGUAGCGUGAAAUACCUCUUGCGUCACCUCAUACUGUCGUUCGGUAAAGUACCUACUCACCAAGAGUUACAACGUACAAGAAACUUACUACUCCAACAAUCCAGAAGAAUCACGGGGGAGUGAGCCAGAUGGAGAAAAGUGAACACAGCAUAGAUACAUAGGAUACUCCAGCCAAAGAAGCCGUACGGAGGGAGACAACGUCCCGCACUACUAGCAAGUAGAAGUAAGCAUGAACAACGCUAAGAGCAGGCGCAGGGUGGAUGAAAAUGGGCCUGAUCGUAAUCUAUGAGGCAAUAGAUAACAUCAUCAUCCUCCUGAAAUUAAAUACCCACAACAGUCGCCCUUCUUCACGAUCAUCAAUUAAUAUGCUCUCUUUGUAUUAAGUGAGGUUGUUACUUAAGGCAUUGAAACUAUGUUGGUGAGAUGAACAAGCUGCACUACAAAAACCUUUCACGACCUUGGCUUCCCUUGAAAAGUUUUCAGCUCCACCUAAUAAUAAGGUCUUCAUCAUUUUCCUCUCACACCUUCAUCGAGCAAAUAGCAGUUUUUAACUGUUGCAUUUCCUGAGUACACCUCCUUCAUCGAGGCCUCUUGCAUUCCUGAGUACACCCCGGCAAUCUCCACACACCGGUAACAAG